UACCACACACCGUACGAGUCAAGUGUUCAAGUUAAAGUGACUUUUGUCGUCUGUGAAUUUAUUUCACCGUUUCUACGUGAAGAAUAUUAAUUCAAUCGAUAAAGAGAGAGAGAACAAACAUGAAAGGAGCUCUGUCGUUUAUGGUAAUAGGGCUGCUAGCCUUACUGGCUACAGCUAAAGACGAGAAGAAAGAGAAAGAAGACAUCGGAACUGUCAUCGGUAUUGAUUUGGGAACAACAUACUCAUGCGUCGGCGUCUACAAGAAUGGCCGAGUGGAGAUAAUCGCCAACGACCAAGGAAACCGGAUAACGCCCUCGUACGUGGCGUUCACAGCUGACGGUGAGCGUCUGAUCGGCGACGCCGCGAAGAACCAGCUGACAACAAAUCCGGAGAACACCGUAUUUGACGCAAAACGUUUGAUCGGUCGUGAAUGGUCCGACCCAACGGUGCAGAACGACGCCAAGUUCUUCCCCUUCAAAGUAGUCGAGAAGAACUCAAAGCCGCACAUAAAGGUGUCCACGAAAGAGGGUGAGAAGAUCUUCGCCCCGGAGGAGAUCUCGGCAAUGGUCCUUGGAAAGAUGAAGGAGACAGCUGAAGCCUAUCUAGGCAAGAAGGUCACCCACGCCGUCGUGACAGUGCCAGCUUACUUCAACGACGCCCAGCGUCAGGCGACCAAGGACGCAGGGACAAUCUCCGGUCUGAAUGUCAUGAGAAUCAUCAACGAGCCAACAGCAGCAGCAAUUGCCUACGGUCUCGACAAGAAAGACGGUGAGAAAAACGUCCUGGUCUUCGAUCUUGGUGGUGGCACCUUCGACGUGAGUCUCUUGACGAUCGACAAUGGAGUCUUCGAGGUGGUGGCCACUAACGGAGACACCCACCUGGGUGGUGAGGACUUCGAUCAGCGAGUGAUGGACCACUUCAUCAAGCUCUACAAGAAGAAGAAGGGCAAGGACAUCAGGAAGGACAACAGAGCUGUCCAGAAGCUUCGUCGUGAAGUGGAGAAGGCAAAGCGUGCUCUCAGUGCCAGCCACCAAGUGAGGAUUGAAAUCGAGUCGUUCUUCGAUGGCGAGGACUUCUCAGAGACCCUGACGAGAGCUAAAUUCGAGGAGUUGAACAUGGACCUCUUCCACAGCACGAUGAAGCCCGUGCAGAAGGUCCUGGACGAUGCUGACAUGAGCAAGAAGGAUGUGCACGAGAUCGUCCUGGUGGGAGGAUCGACGAGAAUUCCCAAGGUUCAGCAGUUGGUGAAAGAGUUCUUCGGGGGUAAGGAGCCCUCUCGAGGCAUCAACCCUGACGAGGCUGUGGCUUACGGCGCUGCUGUGCAGGCUGGCGUUCUCUCUGGGGAACAGGACACUGAUGCCAUUGUUCUUCUUGAUGUUAAUCCCUUGACCAUGGGUAUCGAGACUGUUGGAGGAGUCAUGACUAAGCUCAUCCCAAGGAAUACUGUCAUUCCCACGAAGAAGUCGCAGAUAUUCUCGACAGCUUCUGACAACCAGCACACUGUCACCAUUCAGGUUUACGAGGGUGAACGACCAAUGACGAAGGACAAUCAUCUUCUUGGAAAGUUCGAUCUCACUGGGAUUCCCCCAGCGCCCAGGGGAAUCCCUCAGAUUGAGGUGACCUUUGAGAUCGAUGCCAAUGGUAUUCUCCAGGUGUCAGCUGAGGACAAGGGCACUGGAAACAGGGAGAAGAUCGUCAUCACCAAUGACCAGAACAGACUGACGCCUGACGACAUUGACAGGAUGAUCAAGGAUGCUGAGAAGUUUGCUGAUGAGGACAAAAAACUCAAGGAGCGAGUGGAGGCGAGGAAUGAGCUCGAGUCUUAUGCCUAUUCUUUGAAGAAUCAGCUGGCUGAUAAGGAGAAACUUGGGGCUAAGCUCAGUGAUGAGGACAAGACGAAGAUGGAGGAGGCCAUUGAUGAGAAGAUCAAGUGGCUGGAGGACAAUCAGGACACUGACCCUGAGGAGUACAAGAAGCAGAAGAAGGAGUUGACGGAUAUUGUUCAGCCGAUUAUUUCUAAGCUUUAUCAAGGGGCUGGUGGGGCACCACCACCGACUGGCAGUGAGGAGGAUGAUCUUAAGGACGAGCUAUAAAUGACAGAUUUCGAUUAUUAUUGAAUUUGUCUAGUGUAUCUCAGACUGAACUUUUGUUAAUGCAAUAAUUAUAGCUUCCUGGUGGGGUCGGUGGCCUCUGGAAUCAUUUGUGCUGUUCCUGCAUUCUUGGUGAUUCUGGGGGUCAGCCAUCGUUAGGAUACGGUUCCUUCUGGUCGUGUGACAUCGACGGUUUUGCUCGCGACACUGGGGGGAAGAUAUAGGAAACGAUGGGAGGGGCUUGGGGAAUUUUCAGGGGAUUAUCAGCCACUGGGAAUUCCGCGGGACUUCUCGUUUAAUUUAUUAAACUGCAAUUAACUGUUUUAUAUAUAAUUUCAUGAAGCGAAACUUCAACCGUUCUCAUAUGCAGUGAGUCUUUUUGGUGAGUGAGGAGAGAUAAAUUUCACGUGUGAUGGAGAGACGUCUGUUAGCGAUACAUUAAUUCAUUCUUUUGUAUACAUGAGAGUAAAUGAGAUUUGUGUGAUGUGAUUACAUGUAACAGUAUCACGAUAAUAAAGAAUUUUUUCAAUAAAAUGAA